AUGUCCGUCGCGGCGCGCGAGGGGGUGCUCAACUCCUUCAAGGACGACUUUGGCACGAGGGUGAUCCUCAUCUCCCUCAAGGCGGGCGGCGUCGCCCUCAACCUGACCGUCGCCUCCCACAUCUACCUCAUGGACCCGUGGUGGAACCCGGCCGCCGAGUACCAAGCCAUCGACCGCGCCCACCGGCUCGGCCAACACAAGCCCAUCCGCGCGGUUCGGUUUGUCGUGCGCAACACCGUGGAGGAGCGCAUCCUUCGCCUGCAGGACAAGAAGCGGCUCGUCUUCGAGGGCACCGUCGGCGGAGACAUCGGCUCGCUCUCGCAGCUCUCGGAGGAUGACUUGCGCUUCCUGUUCCAAAACUGA